AUGCUUCGAAUCACAUCAACCCUCUCAUUCGUUGGGACACUAUCUCUCUUCUCUUUAGUAUCUGCCCAAAGUUACUCUGAAACCUACCUCGGAUGUUUUUCCGUUGCUACCGGAUGGGCAGUCGCCGAAUCAAGUCCCACCGCCACCAGUAUCGCGGAUUGUAAUGCUGCUUGUGCGGGUUUAGGUUACCCCUAUGCCUAUUACUCUCAUCCUUCGGCGUAUUAUUGCUCAUGCACUACUCAGAGUCCCGCUGCUGGAGGUCUUCGUCAGGCGCAAAGUGGAUACACCGAUUGCGGAAAUAGUCAAACUACUGUAUACGCCCUUUCUACAGAUUACGACUUUGUCAAGUGCUAUAGUAAUCCAUCAUCUGACGAUACGAGCUCUCAAUCAAGUAUCGAAGCAUGUUUCACUCAUUGUAGCGCUUAUAACAACGCUUUGAUCGAAUAUGGAGGAAAUCAUUUCGACUGUAUCUGUUUGAACGAGUCGCUAGAUCUUGAAGGUGAAGCUCAACAGUGUGGACAAUCUGGAUUGUAUUUCGCCUACAACCAUACACCCGCUUCUUCGGCUAGUACCGUUGAGAGGAGACGACGAAGGUUGGAGAGAAUGAAGAGGGAUGAACAAUUGAGAUUGAACAGGUUCUGUCCGGCUGGACUUGAAGCUUGUAUCGUACCGGGAUCAGAAGAUUCCUUCGAGUGUAUCGAUACUUCCUCGGAAUUGGAAUCAUGCGGUGGAUGUUUGUACGGGUCUUACUCUAACUCUACCUCGUCAAUUGGUAUUGACUGCUCUACCUUGCCCGGUGCUGCGCUCGGCGGUUCCACCUGCUUUGAUGGGCGAUGUCAGAUCUCAGCAUGUGAAGAAGGUCUCAAACUCGUGGAUGGAAGAUGUCAAUAG